GAUUACCCAGUUAUUAGUUCCCAGUUGAUUCGUAGGUAUGAUUCGUACUCUGAUCUUGCUUGGAUUAUCUUUUCUACUUUCGACUUUCUUUACAUUGGACUGCUUUACUGUUUUAAUUUAUCCUUCCUCUUUUCCUGUCCACGCCUCGUAUCUUCUUCUGUCGUCAGCAAGUUUUGUUCUUCUUCUUCGUAUUUAUUGGUGCGGUGCAAUCGGUACUUUGCCAUUCUCAUAUGCUCAUCUGCUCGAUUGAUGUUUCUUCCUUCUUUUCUUUAUAUCUAACGAGAAGAGAGGCGCGAGAUUCCUAAAGUAUAUUUAUUUAUUUAUUUAUUUAUACACUUUCACCAUUGCACAUUCCAAAAGAGAGAUAACACAUCCGCGCUUGGCAUACGCAACGCCGGCAUUCUUGGCAGCAUCAUAAUCCUACCACUUUCAGGAACAAAGUUAACAAGGCUGAAUUCUAUCAGAAAUACGAAAACUCUGUGUAUUCGCGAGUACUUGAUUCUCGUUUCUUGUAUUUUCGCAGGUUGUGCUUGCGGUAGAAGGGGACGGGAGGAGAGAGACGAUUGGCUUCACCCGGGGUUUUGGUAAUUUACACUUGCGACAAUGCGCGCCUUUACAAGAUUGGGUGCGUCGGUGUUUGCGAUGGUUCUUUCGCUAAUGACCAUCUUGGCUUUGUUGCCUCAAUCGAGAUAUACCGAGCAUUUGAGGAAGAUUGAGAUAGGAGGGACGAGUAUCAAUGAUGUGACGGAUGGAUUGUGGGAUUGGGCAAGUGGGGAUGAUGGAGGGGAUGGGGAAGAAGCUGGUGUGAGAUUGGUCAUUUUUGGAGAUAGCUGGGUUGAUGAUACGGUUGAAGAGAAUGAGGAUGGAAAGGGUAGAAGCUGGACGGAAGUUCUUUGCGAAGAGCUCUCGUGUACUUCAAAGAUCAAUCUCGCAGUUUCUCAACCCUCGUCUUCAUACCCAUCGUCACCACCCACUGGUGCUUUUGCAUCCAAUAAAGUCUAUCUUUCUUCCAUCGAAGACACCGCAGGUCAAAAUAAUAACGAAACCAAAAUAACCGCCGAAUCUAUGCUCCCCGAUCUCGAAGCUCAAGUAAAAUCCUUCAUCGCCCUGCCUCUGCCAAAAAAGAAACUCAGGGAAACCAUCUUCGUCGUCUCAUUUGGCACAUGGGAUAUAUGGCACUACGCAUCUCUCGAUUAUACCAAAGCUCAAGAGGCCCAAAAUAAAGCUGUUGCAGAAAUAUUCGCGCAACUCGAUAAUUUAUACGCACAUCAUAGGGAAAAUUUGGAGGCUACUCAUGUAAUCGUUAAACCACAUAAUGACUCCCAUGUUGUGGCCAAACCCCAAUUUAGAAUUGUUAUUCAAAAACUUUUCGAUCCUACCAUGUUGCCUGGUUGGUUGAGUCAAAGGCCUAUUCCAUUAAAGCCUAGUUCUGUGGCGGAAAACCAAAAGAAUGCUAUUUCAUUGGUGAGAGACUGGGAUAAUAGUGUGGAAAACUUUAUCAAACCUUGGUUUGCUAGUACGCCAGAAGCUACCACUACUUCCGAAUGGGCUGAACCAGCACCAGAAGAACAAGUAUCGGGAGAUGCGGUUCCAGAAACAUCUGACCAGAAUGAUCAACAAUCGCAAUCACAAGGAAAGCGAGAGUCAGAAGGCGAUGUUGAGGCGGAAAGUAAACCAGAUAUCCCUCCACCACAAAAAGAUAUCUAUUAUUAUGAUUUGAAUAGAUUCCUCACGGAAAUUAUUAUCGAACAUCAAUUGGAAGAUGAAGGAUUAUCUGAUGCGAGUGGACUGGGCACAAAAGAAAGUCCAUACAUCUCCGUAUAUGAUCCUUGUGUACGAGCAGGAGAUGACGGAGAAAGCAAGAAAAGAGGACCCGGAGAGAAGCGAAAAUCGGGCAAAAUCAACAAGGGAAAUGAAAAGAGAGGAGAAAUGAAAGAUACGAAGUCAUUACCGGAUAUUAAUGGAUUACUUGUCUGUGAACAACCGGACGAAUACCUUUUCUGGGAUGAUUUUAAUAUGGGUAGCCAGGCGAAAGAGUUGGUGGGAAAGGAGAUUGCGAAGAUGGUCAGAGAGGGGAAGACUUUGAGGAAGAGUUGGGGAGAUGGGACUGUACCAGGGGUGUGAGUAGAUGUGAGUGUGGAGAAGGGGAAUGUUGGGGGAGUGAUAUUUACGAAUGAGCAUUUCUGGAGUUUUGAAGUGGAAAGAAGCGUGCAUUGUGCAUAGCAUGUCAUGGAAUGGAAAGGCGUUUGGGAUUGGGGUUGUGAUUAUCAUUGCAAUGGAUACUCUUUUUGCGGAGUGAGUGGGUUUUUAUAUUUGUAUAUACCUUUCUUUUGGGGGUUUUGAUGUUUGAGGGGUAGAUGGGGUAGAUGGGGUGGUAGACGGGUGGAGAAGUGGAAGAGGAGUAUUUGGUUGUAUAGUUUUGUAGAGUAUAUCUAUCUCUACAUAUACAUAUAUAUAUAUAUAUAUAUCUAGCCGAUUUUCUUUUGUGGUAUGAUGAAUGUGGAGAGGUGGGGGUAGAGGGAGAGAGGGAAAUGGAAAUGGAAAUGGAAAUGGAAAUGGAAAUGGAAAUGGAAAUGGAAAUGAUCUAUAUAGGCUUAGGUGUAGUUGGAAGGAGGAAGUAGAGAGUAGAAAGUAGAAUUUUAUGAUUAGUUAUGUGUA